GGGAGCUGUUGGGGCAGCAACAUGUAGAGGAGUGUGCCGGAAAUGGUUCAGAGGAAGAGGAGGAAGAAGCUGUCUGUCUCUCUGUGUGCGUCCUUCCUCACUGACUCCUCUGAGCUCUGUCACAGGUCCAACAACAUGUCUAUUGUCAAGAUCCACGCCCGAGAGAUCUUUGAUUCUCGCGGAAACCCCACCGUAGAGGUUGACCUUUACACUGGCAAAGGCUUGUUUAGGGCAGCGGUGCCAGCGGUGCAUCUACUGGAAUCUACGAAGCCUUGGAGCUCAGGGGACAAUGACAAAUCUCGUUACCUUGGAAAGGUUUGUGCUAUUACCGCUAUUGUGUUUCCUUUUUAA